AUGCCUGGAAAGACGUAUCUCAUCACGGGAGCUAACCGCGGCAUCGGCCGCGGCAUGUUCGACCAUUAUGUCGCACAGCCAAACAACACCCUCAUCGCUGCCGUGCGCGACCCUGCCGGUGCUCAAGCCCUGCUCAGUGUUUCCAAAGGCGAGAACACCAAAGUCCUCAUCGUCAAGAUCGACUCGGCAUCCAAGACGGACCCAUACGAGGCCGUGAAAGGCAUCGAAAAAAUCGACGUCGUCAUCUCAGCUGCUGGUAUUGCGCCGCUCAACACCGUCGCCGAUGUGCCACUCGAGGAGUUCGAAAAUGCCCUUCAGGUCAAUGCCAUCUCUGUCAUGAUACUGUACAAGGCGACCCUGCCCUUGCUCAAGAAGUCAGACUCGGCCCGCUUUGCCUUCAUCAGCGCUGCUGGCGGCAGUAUCAACAACAUGCCUGAGUUCCCUUAUCCCAACAUCAGCUAUACCGGCUCCAAGGCGCUCGCCAACGUCAUGGUCCGCAAGAUGGGUAUGGAAAACGACUGGCUGAUCACGCUGUGCAUUCAUCCUGGCCUCGUCCAAACAGACAUGGGCAACAUGGGCGCACGCGCUUUCGGUCUGGAGAAGGCACCGCUCACCCUCGAGGACAGCAGCAAGAACACUGCGCACAUUGUCGAUAAUGCCACCAAGAAGGAGCAUUCUGAGCAAUUCUUCAACGAGACCAUUGACCGCCGCUACCCUUGGUGA